CUCAGUGGCAGACUAGACGUCCACCAAAACACUGCGCAGUUUGCUGUCCCAGUUCAGGCCAAUAUUCAGUAACGUACCAGCGCACACAAACAAAAACUUCCGUCAACAAGUUACCGAAACAUGGAGGAAGACGAAAUAGAGGAACAACAGGCGUCACAGCCGAACAUCGGGGGUCUCCAUAACGACGCUGAGCGGUACCUCGAGGCGUACCAGGUGUUCCUGGAGAAGUGUGAGAGUGAGGAGGAGAUGACCAAACGCUGGCUGCAGGACGAGGGGCCGGGCCUGGUGGCCAGGUGUAAAGUUCCCGCCAAAACUGCCUUCAACGUUCUCGGGAUGGGGAGCGGAGCAGGCCAUUUUGACGCCAUUAUUCUUCAUGCCGUAUUGGACAAGUAUGACCAGGUGUUCUGCCGAGUCGUGGAGCCCAGAGAAGAAGACAUCGACCAGUUCAAACAUCUAUUAGAAGACGACGAGCAAUUAAAAACGGUUGCCUUCGAGUGGCACCAGCAGACUGACGAGGAAUACUUCGAGCAAACGUUUAAUGACGACACCAAGUUCCACAUUGUUCACGCUAUACAGUUGCUGUACUACGUGGACGACUUGGCCGGCUGCAUUAAGCACAUGUACCGCCAGGUGGCGGAAGGCGGGCUCCUUGUCAUCAUUCACCUAUCAGAUCAGACCGGCUGUAGUAACUUGAUGAAGAAGAUGAACAAGUUUUUGCCAGAUGGAGACGAACAGACACCGUACAGAACUACUGCACAUAUCAAGGAGGUCCUUGAUAAACUGCAGCUCCAGUACACGACGGACCGUCUGAACGUCAACACCGACAUCACGGAGUGUUUCGUGCCCGGCUCCGAGACCGGGAUCCUCCUGCUGGACUUCCUGACGCACACGCCGCACUUCACCGACACCGUGGACCCGGAGGACCAGCGGGAGAUCACCGACUACAUCCGCGGACCGGACUGCUCGGUGGAACAGGACGGGAAGAUUCUGUUCAACAACAGCUCGGAAAUCAUCGUCAUACCAAAACUGGGGGAUGCCUCAAACUGAUGGGGGAUAAGUAGAUAUAAAUGUUAUAACACGUAAACUACACUAGUACUAGUAGUAAAUCCUAUGGACUAUAUCCUCUGAGAAAAAUCAAAGGUCAGUUGACCGCCAUCUCCAAACCAUGGAUAUUCACUUCGUACAUGCCUUCGUGCAUGCCUUCGUAUUGGUAUUUAAAGCCUAGUCUGUGACGCGAACUAGCCUUAAAACGAUUUAAUCAGGCUAUAUACUAUGAUACUGUGAUUUUGAGACGUCCUCUAAUGUCAUCUCUUACGUCAUCGAGGAGUUUAUUCUUAACAUCCAUACUCGUUAACAUCGAACUGAACAUAAACGGAGACAUGAUAUAGUUUGAAGCAGUGUGCAUGGUGUGGUUGACUAUGGUACACUCUAUAGCGCUCCCCCAUCUAACAAGAAGCUAGAAGGAGAAUUUUCGGAAAGGAUCCGCCAAUCAGAGCUAGAAGGAGAAUUCCGGAAAUUUGUAAGCCAAAUAUCUAUGAUCGUUAUCAGGAAGAUGAACCAACGCCAACUCUU